UACAGAUUUGCUGGCCGUGCUUGAGGAUUAUUGGCUGCAGCGAUACAUCUGCGCAGCCUGGAAGUCUGAUUGGGUUGUCCACCGCCAGACUCUAAGUGUGGUAUUGUGAUUGGCCAGUCGCCGAGGGGGUGGGCGGUGUUAGACAAGUUGUUUAGACACGGUGUCUUCAGCUGGUUUGCGAUAUUUUCAGAGAUAGUAUUUUCUGUUUAUUUAUUUUACCUAGACGGUAGUUAGUUUAUUGUAAAAAAAAGAAAGAAAACAGCUACCAAAGAAUACUUAAGAAAAGGGUGAAGAGUUCUGCCGAUGGACCAGGUCCAUAUUAAAGAGGAGGAGAACGGAGAGACAGACCCAAAGAGCAUUGCAGAGGAAGUGGAGUCUGUCUCUAUUAAAGAGGAGGAGGAGGAUAUGGGGUCUAUCCACAUUAAAGAGAACAGGCCAGUAAAGUGGGACAACAUUGCAGAGGAUGUCAGCGAGCUGGGGCUGGUCCACGUGAUUGAGGAACCGGAGCCGGUCCACAUUAAAGAGGAGCCCGUGGAGCUGGACCAACCUGUGGCCCCCGAACAGCAGGCUGCCCUGGACAGGGGCCCCUACAGCUGCCCGGAGUGUGGUCAGUGCUUCCACCUGCUCUCUGCGUUGCAGAAACACACGCGCUACCACACAGGCGAGGCACCGCACCUCUGCACUGAAUGUGGCAAGAGCUUCAAGAGAGACAGCCAGCUGAAAGCUCACCACCGCAUCCACAGCACAGACACUCCCUACACCUGCACCGAGUGUGGCAAGGGCUUCAAGAGAGACUGGCACCUCAAAUCACACCAGGUGAUCCACACCGCUGAGACUCUGUACUGCUGCCCGGACUGUGGGAAGAGCUGCCGUCGGCUGGGAGACCUGCGGAUCCACCGGCGCAUUCACACUGGGGAGACUCCGUACAGCUGCGCGGAGUGUGGACGGAGCUUCAACCAGCUGGGCAGCCUCAAGUCGCACCAGCGGAUCCACAGUGGGGAGACUCCCUUCCGCUGUGCGCAGUGCGCUAAGAGCUUCCGGCACCUGAGCAGCCUGAUCAAGCACCAGCGCAUCCACACGGGCGAGCUGCCCUACCCCUGCAACGACUGCGGAAAGAGGUUCCGCUGCUCCGACAACCUAAAGUACCACCGGCGGUGCCACCAGAGAGAGGGGGAGUCACCGUAACGGAUCAGAAAACCUGAAAUACCACCGGGGAGGGGGUGAAUAUAACAGAUCAGACAAGCUCAAAUACCACCAGAGACACAGGGAGUGACUAUAACAGAUCAGACAAGCUCAAAUACCACCAGAGACACAGGGAGUGACUAUAACAGUUCAGACAACCUGAAUUAUACAAGGGCAAGGAUCGCCCUGCUAUUCAUUUCAGUGGGUUCAGAGCCGUGGUUUGGAACUACAGCCUUAUCACAGGUAAACAAACAUCACUACUCCACUUACCUAAUGGCAGUUCUAUCUGUCUUUUCAAAUUAAUUUUUCUUUCACCAUGUCUUAUCAAAUGGUUGCUGAUUUGGAGUUUCAGUGAUUGUUUAUGAAGUCGCUUUGUCAUUGCAUCAAUUUAAAAGAAUUGCCACCAAAUGCUACAGCUUUCUACUGCCAUCCACUCCUCAUACCUCAGACUGUCCUUGAUGAACAAGAAGCGCAUAUCUAAAGAAGGGCCAUAAUUUACUCGAAGCACAACCGUGCACUUGCUCUCCAAUGCUCGAUUCAAAGCAUGGUAAAUAAAGACAGUAACGGGACAAUACUGUUGCGCCAUCUGGCGGCCAAAUACGCUACUUUCUAGGUUGUGUUUUGAAUGGAAAUGUCACUCUAAAUCAGGGGUGUCACUUGUUUCGUUUGGCUGGCCUGAUCCGAUACCCUGGCGCUUGGGGCGGGCCGAGUGAUUAUAAAAAUACAAAGACGAACACAAAACUUCAAAAUUAUUGUAUUUAACAAAUUAUCAUACAUAGCGUAUUUACAUUCCCCUAAAUCGCACAUAUUGAUUAUUUUAUUCACCAUCAUCUCUUAGUGUGCAAACAUGCCUCCAGCGAGUUCCUUCGCAUGAGCAACACACAUUGUCAUGUUGCUGUGAUUGCUGUGGGUGAGGCAGCAGUGCGUCAGCUGGUUUGAGUUACGACACCAGUGAUACCAGAACAAGGUUUUUAGGUCUGAUUUGUAAGUUCUGUAGUAACAAGUGUCAUGUCUUUAAUCCGUGAAGAGAAAGAUGGAACAAGUGCUGUGUGUUUCAAGACAAAUGGUGAAUUUUGUAUUUCUUUGUGGACAUGAAUGCAAAGCCAAUGUGCUUAAUUUGUAAGUAACAUGUGUCUGUUGUGAAAUAAUACAACAUUAAAAGAUGCUAUGAAGCAAACCAUGGCAAGAAAUAAGAUAAAUAUACAGGAAAGCUAAUGUGAAGAUAAUCUGAAUUAGCACAGUCAUUGAAAAAGCAGCAAUCAAUGUUUAUUAAUGCUUGUAGCAUAAGUGAUGCUGCUGUUAAGGCAAGCUUUAUGGUUACUCACAAAAUAGGUGUUUCUUCAAAACCAUUUCUGAUGGAGAGUUUUUGAAGACAUGCUGCUAAAAGCUGCUGAAAUAGUGUGUCCUGAGAAGCAGCAAGCUUUCUCCGUCAUGAAUAUCAACAAAUCAAAAUGUAAUUCUCGACUUAACUUGAUUCUCAAGAUAUCCUCAGCCCAGUCAUUUGCUCCAGAUGUUGAUGCGCUAGUUCAAGAGGUCCCAGGUAUCAGGAGCAGCAGUAGCAGUCACUAAUAUUCUUUGUCUUUAUCUUUGGUGAGUGCUAAUAAAGAAUUUAUCCGUAUCUAUUUAUAUUUUGCUAUUUUUUUUAGUGCUGGGACAAACAUGGAAUUUUCAUGUUAGGAUAUUCGUUCAAGAUUUAGAUAUUAAUUUGAAUAUUUGUUUUUAAAAUGUUAUCAAAGCCAUUAUAUGUGACACUGUAUUAAAGUGGAAAAAUAUCCCAGAAGUAAGAAAGCAAUACAGUAAAAUAUUGUGUUAUUUCAAGUAUAAACAAAGUAGACGACGCAAAAAAAAAAAAAUCCCUGCCAUUGUUGUGUCUUUGCAAUGAACAAAGUGGCCAUAGACACAUUUUCAUAAAGUAAUAACAUUAGGUUUUAGCUUGAAUAAACACUUCAAAUAAAAUACAUUUGAAAAACUAUUUACUCACUGUUUUUUUGCAUUCCACUUACAAAAACUAGGACUGCAUCAUGAAAGUAAAUUAAAACGUUGAUUACUAUACGGGUAAUUUCUUUUGCAAGUAUCAUAAUAUUGCAGAAAGAAAUGGACCCCGAUUGACUCGCUUGUUAAAUAUUUAUAUAUUGUAGCGGCGGUAAGAAUCCAAGCGUACAACUUUUAUCUUCCAAAAUAGAUAGGUAUUUUAUUUAGCAAAUAGAGUGAACAGCAACACUCACCAGCGCAUGGGGCUGAUCUUAGCUGACAGUCAGAGCGCACCAGGAGAACGCCCCCCAUUGCUCCGUCCCUACCAAUGGGGCACUGGCAGGACAUGCCCCCCCCCCCCCCCACACACACUUCUCCGCCACUCCCAAUGUGGCGUGGGCAGGACAUGCCCCCCCACUGCUCCACCCCUGCCAAUGGGGCGCCGGCAGGACAUGAACCCCCCCCACUGCUCCAUCCCUGCCAAUGGGGCGCCGGAAGGACAUGCCCCCGACGCACAGCAGCAGUGAGGCAAGGGAAAGGGAGCAGCAGCUCCAGCAGAGUAAAUCCCGCCUUCGAAUACAUGUUAAAAAAAACGUUAGUUCGGAUAUUUGUCCCAGCACAAAUUUUUUACUAUGUUUCCUAUUGAAUAAAAAAAUAAUAUUCUGCAAUAUUCCAUGGGCCGGAUUAGGCCCGCGGGCUGUAUGUUUGAUACCCCUGCUCUAGUUCAUGAUCUGUGGCAGUUUUAAAAGUUAGUAUUCAGAUUAUCAAUUUAUUAUCUACAUAUUAACUACAUAUGUAUUUGUUUACUAUUGAACACAGUUGGAGAACUACUUUCUUGGGCGGAAUGUCACAUUUUCAUUAAAACUAUAUUUCAAAACUUA